AUGGGACAGGAAAGUGAGGCUUUAGCUUCUGAGAAUGUCUUCCAACAGAACCACACGCUGACAAGUCUCGUGCACGAGGCUGCAAAGGCCCCGCUGAGUGAUCACCAGAUCGAGCGCUUGCACCAUCUGGACCGCCUUCACUACGCUGAGCUCCACCAAGACCAGGAUCGGGACCAGCACUGCCAGGAGAGGGAGCAGAUGGCCAGGGAUGAGCCGGAUCAUUGGUCGUUGCACCAUGAGGACAUCAAUGCAUACAUGGACUGUCUCUGCGUCCAGAGGAAGCCAUCCCUGGUGUGCGAGGCCAUCCACCACGAAGGCAUGCUCGACGCAGCAGAUCACGCAGUUCAGCUGAUGCAGGAGCACUUUGAUGAGCUCAACGCUGACAAGUCUCAGCAGCCACCGAUCGCUUGGCACCGUGGCAUGUCGGAGCUCCAGACCUAUUCGAACAGCAGCCAGGAAUUGGGCUUUGCAAUCCCGCUUGGACCUUGCGAUGCGGAUGCGCUUGCGUGCAACGUCUGCGUGAAGGGUAUCUGCCUCUCGGUGCCAUUUCCCAAGGCAGGCCGAAUCUGCGCACAGCAAGACAGGUUUGCUGUGAGAAAUUCAGGUUCUGUUGCAAAAGCAGAAGCAGUGGUGCACUACAAAUUCUUAGGAUUGCCUGCGUAG